AUGACUGCUGCCGCCUUCUCCGCCACGUCGGACCUAUGCUCCUUCCCCCCUCUCUCUCUUGAGCCUCCCCAUAUCUCUCCGAUCCCCACCCUGGUCUCUCCCUCUUCUCCGGGGAAUGUUCUUUCCAACGCCCCUCCCUUCGGCCCGACCUGUGGCGCCUUGCCCCAUACAGCGCCCGUUCUGUCCCCUCUCUGGCCGCUCUGGCUCCUUCGGAUCCUCCUCCUGAUUGCCAUCGCCCCCUCGGGCCCCUUGUACUCGGACUCCUUCCUCGCUCUCUCUCGUAAGCCGCUCUCCGCUUCUCUGCUCCGUCCCACCGCCUUUCCUUCCCAUCAUGCGAGUGCUCCUGAUACCGCCUUUCUCGCUCCACAUCUUCCCGCCGCCGUCGGUUCCCUCUCCCCCUUUCUUCUGCCCUUGUUGCGCCCAGCGAUCGUCGUGCACCCUCCCUGGUGCGUCCCUCCUCACGCCCCCCUCCUCUCUCUGGUGAGCACCACCCAUCUCUUUCCUCACAAUCCCCUCGCUCCCCGUCCGGACCUGCUCGUCUGCCCCGUUCUUCCUCUGGCUUACUCUCCCGUCGCCCACGUUGCUCCUCACCUCUCUCUCUCUGUCUCUCUCUCCCCCAAACAGCAGGCCCCCAUUGACCUGCCAGUCUCCCUCGCUCAUACUGCUCCCUCCGCACCUCUGGCGAUCGCCGCGCGGCCAUCGCCACGCGUCUCCUCCCACGUCCUCGCAGCUCAGACGAGCUGUACCAUCCCGUUGGCGCAUGGUUUUUCCUGCUGUCCUCCCGAAGAUCGUCCGGCGAGCGACCUGCCGCUGCGGUUCCGCGGCGCCUCGCAUCUCCCUCGAGCACCUCCUCUGGCGAACGAUCUGCCGCCAUGUUCCCUUGGCGCCUCCCGCCACUCCCGCGCAUCCGUUCUGGCGAGCUGUCUGCAUCCGCUCUCCCGCGGCGCCUUGCGCUGCCACCUCGCAUUUCAUCUGCCGAGCGACCUGCAUCCUUGCCUCCGCAGUGCCUCACGCUGUUUCCACCUAUUUCGUCCACCGUAG